AUGGCAACAUAUAAAAAAAAACCUGUCGGGGAGAAUGGGCGCGCGGCACCGGACCUGACGGCGUCACCGGGCCGCGCGCCUCCCGGCCCUCCUCAGCCGCCGCGUGCCAACCACGCACCUCCCUGCGUGCUGCAGCCAGACUUCCGAAAGGUAUCAGGAGUGAGUAAUGAAAUAUUCAGGCAGAUUGAAAUGGUUGAAAAUGAUCACGAUACGACCACCGCCGCGGCGCUCGAGGCGGUUGAGCGUCGCGGCGAGAUGAUCGUAAGGAUACUUGAAGUGAGACAAGUGGGCCGCAACAAUAUUGAAGCCGCCAAAAAAUUCUUCGCAUUACAGGAUUCGCGCCACAUAGUUCAACUAGUGGAAAUUGUAAAACGUCCAGGUCAAACACUAGGCCUGUACAUCAGGGAAGGAGAUGGAGGUACGAGGACGGAUGGAGUUUUCAUAUCUCGAAUAGCACUCGAGUCAGCAGUGUAUAACAGCGGGUGUUUGAAAGUCGGAGACGAGAUUUUGGCUGUGAACUUGGUUGAUGUCAGACGAAUGUCACUCGAUGACGUCGUAAUUAUCAUGUCAAUACCGAGGAGAUUGCUGCUGUGUACAAGGCAAAGGAAAGGGAAAUCGGGGCCAGGAUCACCAUCUCUACCACGAUCGGAGCACAAACCGCCACCGGUCGUCGUUUUGAAGAGGGACUGUCGCGAUGAUGAUGACAGGGAUCGAGAUCGAGUUGAUGGACUUUAUUCCCAACAUGGAACUCUACGAUCAGCGGGCCCCGGAGGAGGCAUUCGACCUGUUGGAGAUGGCAGAGAAGAAAGAAGUCGACUACAACUUGGAACCUUGUCCCCUGAUUCAACUGCUCUUGAUCUGUACUAUAAUCCAAGACCACCGUCAGAUCAUUCAACUUGGAGCUACCAUCCACCUCCGCCAGUGAUAACAGAACAACCGAAAUCGCAAGCUACGCAUUUCGUUCCAUACGAAAGAUCUUAUCCAAAUACACUGGACAGCUUAGCGGAAAAAGUACACUCUUUCUAUCCAGCUGAUAGUGGAAGCACACGAUUCGGUGGUCGAGUACCUCGGUCAGGAUCAGAGCAGCAGUUACCGCGAGCAGAAACUCAUUCUGACUUUGGUAGACAUUCUUUGCUCAGAUCAAGUUUGAAAGCUUCUGCUGCGACAGGAGCCACCAGCUUAAGAUACAAUCAACGUUACGGUGGCGUGGGUAUGCCAGGUUCUGGACUCGGUGGCACUGGACUAACAGAUACAAACUUGACAGGGACUACUUUAGGGCCAGGAUUACCCAGUGGUUUUUCAACAACGGGACUCAGUGGGCUUACUGGUUCAAGUUUAGUUGGUUCUGGGCUAACGAGUUCUGGUUUGUCAUCUGGAUUAACUAGUACGGGAUUGGGAUCUGCACUUGGUGGCACAUAUGGAACUACAGGAUUAGGUUUACCUUCGUACAGUAGUAAAUUUGGAACGGCAAGGCGAAAUAGGAGUUUGGACUAUUCAUCAGAUACAGAAGCUACGGCACCGACAAGAACUCCGUAUUACUCAGGAGUAACCGGUUAUCGAAGUAGCACUUUGGGAAGAGAUAUUGGAUCUAAGUUUAAUUCUUUGCCUAGGGAUGUGAGGGGAACUGGACAGAGGUUGGGCCUCAGUAGACGUGCAGGAAGUGUCCUACAAGAUGAGCCGGAGCCUUUGUCUUCUCGUUUGGAUCUUCGUUCUUCCAGAGGUCGUUUACCGUCCUCUCCUUCAGUAUUUACUUCAGAUGAAUAUAGAGCGUGGCUGUCUCGUGCUCCGUCAACCAGUGCACUUUAUGAGACGCUUCGUCCCAGACUUCCAACACAUUACUCUGCAGAAAAUAUACAUGAUGCACUGAAAAAUUUGGAAAGCGGUAGCCGUUUCGGAUCAUCACUUGGACUGGCAGGCCGUCGGGUUGAACGACCGAGGCAUUUGCCAUCUCGUUCAUUAUCAUCUCAGCAAUUAAGUGCUACACAACAACUUGGUUCCGGUGCUGGAGGUUCACCGUCAGCUAGACGAGUCCGACAAUUGCUAGAACUUGGAUCAAGGUUUAACUGUCCUAAUCCAAGCCCAGUACCAACACCUGGUUCGCGGCAUCAGCGCCACAUUGAAAUUAAUCCUAGUGAGUUCCUAAAAUAUAAAGUGGAAAAACCAACGACUGGCGGUCUUUCUGCAUCAAUGACUGGCCUAUCGCGAUUAUCUGGCGGUGUGUCGGGCAUGUUGUGGGUACACCUAUUAGCAGGACGAGGUUUGCGCCCGUCAGCAUCGGGAGCAUCACCGGGCUCUCCACCAUCUGGGCCAUUAGCUCCAGCACAGCCACCCGUUGUACCUAGGGAUUUGUAUUGCGUGCUUGAGUGUGAUCGCGUUCAUAAAGCUCGGACUGUUGUUCGCACUGGUGAACUUCAGUUUGACUGGGAUGAAUCUUUUGAACUGGAUCUCGUCGAUAACAGACAGUUGGAUGUAUUGGUUUACUCGUGGGACCCUCAGCAUAGGCAUAAAUUGUGUUACCGUGGCGCCGUUACUCUACCAGAUCUACUCACGAGAUCACCUGCUCAUCAACUUGCAAUUAAGAUGGAACCUCGUGGGACUCUGUACGUGCGCGUCCGGCACACGGAACCUCACGACUUGUUCCGAAGACGUCCCGCAGCUGUACGUGGUGCACCACUCUUCGGUGCUGAACUAGAAGCAGUGGUGUCAAGAGAACCACGACCACAGCACGCGCCACCAGUUCCACUCAUAGUGAGGCGUUGUGUAGAAGAAAUUGAGAGGCGUGGUUUAGAUAUUAUUGGUCUUUACCGUUUAUGUGGCUCGGCAAGCAAAAAGCGCAUAUUGCGGGAAGCAUUUGAAAGAAACGCACGUGGAGUGGAAUUGGCACCGGACUCGGUUCCUGACAUCAACGUCAUCACUGGUCUGUUGAAGGACUACCUGCGGGAGUUACCACAACCCUUGUUUAGUCGCUGCUUAUAUCAGAUGACGCUGGAUGCUCUAGGAGUAUGUCUCCCAGACGACAGAGAAGGCAACGCUCGGCUGAUGGCAUCAAUAGUUGAGUGCCUGCCUCGAGCCGCAAGAGCUACUCUGGUCUUCUUACUCGAUCAUUUGGCUCUCGUUGUGGCUGCCCAAGAUCGCAACAAGAUGUCUCCUCAACAUCUAGCAGUGGCGCUAGCACCUCCUCUUAUGCUGCAGUCACAACCACCUACGGAAUUGGACUACCAGAGGCCCAUACACGUCCUGCAGUGCCUGCUGCAGAUCUGGCCACCGCCUAAACGUUCAGUUCGGCGCGGCGAGCCAGCAACCGGGCCGCGUGGAAACAGAGUCAGUGCGUCGCCAGCGGUCUCACUCAUACUCCCCCAAGGCCGAGCUCUGCCCUCAGUCAGUCCAUAUCGGCCUCCAGCGGCAGCAUCAGCAGCAUCUCCGCCGCCAGCUCUCUCGGGUCGGCCCGUGCCCGACCGCUCGCCGCCCGCACAUGUUCUCUCAUCAGUCAGGGCCGGCCAAUAUCGUCCGCAGUCGCCUCUUCGAGGCCCACUACCCGCUCCUCCUCGAUCCCGUCAGGUGACGGUGUCGUCGCCCGGCUCGCCCAGCAGUAGUUCGGGUAGUCACAGCCCUGCGGACACGAUUAAGCACGGAGGAUCCGUGUCUUCUAUUCUGCGGCAGCCUGAGCGAGCUGUAUCGCCAAGGUCGUCACCAAGGGCUUCGCCGCGUGCGUCCCCGCGGGCUUCUCCUAGAGAUUCGCCGCGUACCAGUACACCACGUGAACGUGAUUACGCGUCCCGCGAAUCGUCCCGCGAGCACACACCGCGCGAUUCCACUCCGCGUGAAUCUGGCUCUCGCGAGUCUCCGCGCUCCGUAAUCCCCGGCACGUCAGCAGGACUCGCUGUUACGCUCAACUCCGCAGUGGGAAGCGUCGGUGGCGGCGGCCUGAGCCCCCGCUAUAACUCUACCAACCCAUUCCUGCAGCAGUACGAUGCCGAGGAGGAGGCAGAGGCGUGGCAUACCGCAGACAUAUUUUCCUCGCCCUCCACGCACGCAUAG